ACUUAUUUCUGGUAUAUUUUGCUGUCGUCUGUCAAGACCUACUCUAUAAACUACAAAAUACAAAAUAUUCCGUCUAAAAUUACUAGAUGUGUCUGUGGUAGAGUGAUUGUUUUUAUGCCAAUCUCACGUGUUUAUCAACAUUUCUAUUGACUGGGACGUUAUGAAAUCAACAUAUGAACCAAACUGCAGCACAGGUGACUCCCACGUUUGUAGUAAUUCUUUAGGUAAACAUUGAAGUGAGACAGUUUGAAGAGUGUGGUUAAAAAAGUGCUGUGAAGUGAGUGAAUCACCAUGUCCACAUCAUAUUCAAUGACUCCGGAAAGCGAUGCAUGGGCCCUUCUCGCUCUAAAAUCGGCCCCAGCUAGUCCUUCAAAGGUACAAUGGAGCCCCGAUGUUAAAGGGGAUCCGAUUGCUCGAAUAGAAGGCCGCGAAUUUGAAUAUUUCGUCCGGCAGAAUCGGAUAAUUAUAGGUAGAAACAGUUCACGUGGUGAUGUAGAUGUAAAUAUGGGACAUUCUAGUUUUAUUUCGCGAAGGCAUUUAGAAGUUUUUUUCGAACAUCCCUAUUUUUACAUGCUGUGCAAUGGCAAGAAUGGUGUUUUUAUCGAUGGAGUUUUUCAAAGGAAAGGAGCCCCCUCAAUCAAGUUACCCAAUACAUGCACCUUUAGGUUUCCUAGUACAAAUAUAAGGUUAUCUUUUCAAUCAUUGGUGGACGACAGUGCGGAGCCUCCCCCUCAAGUUCGGGAGGUCUCGCCAAGUAGGAUAAGAGAUCGAUCGGGGGGUGGGCCUGCCUCUGCCCUCCAUCCACUUAGGAUCAACAUCCCUGAUGGUGUCGAUUAUGGUAGUCCUUUUCCGUCGCCCACUGGUACCAUCAGUGCUGCUAAUAGUUGCCCAGCUAGUCCAAGAGGUGGACAUGGUGGAUCGCAUAGCGUCAACCAUGGAAAACGAAAUGUUCAAGCAGAUCUGCAAAUGGUUGCUCAUUAUGCCGCUCAAGUGGCCCAUCGUGAUGAUAGCCAGCAUGUUCCUUCUAGCCAUAGUCCCGAGUACAGGCAACCUACUUCCAAUGGAAAUGCAAUACCACCUGUCGUUUUGAACGAUGGAGCCUAUGGAGCAAGCGGCAGUAACAAAGAUGAUUCGAAGCCGCCAUAUUCAUAUGCGCAGCUUAUAGUACAAGCAAUAGCAAGUGCACCUGACAAGCAGCUGACGUUAUCUGGAAUAUAUAGUUAUAUAACCAAACACUAUCCUUAUUAUCGUACAGCUGACAAAGGCUGGCAAAACUCAAUUAGACAUAACCUUAGUCUUAACAGAUAUUUUAUUAAGGUACCCAGAAGUCAAGAAGAACCUGGAAAAGGUUCAUUUUGGAGAAUUGAUCCUCAGUCUGAAUCGAAAUUAAUCGAACAGGCAUUCAGAAGAAGAAGACAAAGAGGUGUUUCGUGUUUCCGAGCACCGUUCGGUUUAAGUUCCAGAAGUGCCCCGGCCUCUCCCUCGCACGUCAGCAUGUCAGACAUAAUGACGCCGGAAUGCCUUUCGAGAGAAGGUUCACCCACAAUGGAGCACCUCGUCGAUAUCAGCCAGUCGGCACCGGGUAGUCCCGGAAACCCCGUAGCUGCUUACGCCGGCUCUGGAGGUAUGAUAGGCCAUCAACAAAUGUCGGCACUCGUAGGAGCCACAAAGGCUAGAUUGUUGUUGCCUCACCCCGAAAAUGUUGUAGAUGGUAACUCCAACGGACAGGAAUACAGAGAAGAAAAAUACAACAUUGAGGAAAGAUCAUUGUCUCCAGGCGGAUUUUCAUCACAACCUGUUAUAGUUCAAGCAACAAACUAUGCCUACAGCAGCGGAAAUUAUAGCAACGUAGGAUUAGAUUUAAAGAGGCACGUAGACGAACAAAGCGUUGGCAGCCCAUCUAGUGCCGGCGAGAACGCAGACGCUGAUAUCGACAUCAAAAGACCCAGAGUCGAUCAGAUCAAGUUCGAAACAGAAUAAAAUUCUGCUAGUAAAACGGUCAGCGAUCUUAUUGUGCUUUAAUAAAAAAUUGAACCUAUAGAAAUUGAAAUUUUAAUAAGGAACAAAUCCGCAAUUUAUCGAAGUAGAAUCGUCAUCAUUUAUGUCAGACAUGUUUAAUAAUAGUAUUUUCUCUAUUUAGAAGGUAUUUCUUUUAAUAAUCCCAAAGGAUUUUAUACAGGGUAGACCAGGAUUUGAGUGUUGUGGACUUUUUGUAUUAUCGAUAAACUUUUGUAGAUAUCCAAGGUAAAUUUUCAAAAAUAUAGGAGAAAUGUGUAAUGUUAUAUAUAUGGAAGUAAUUUAUGUAGCAAAUGUUUUAUUUUACUUUCUGCAAUUGAAAUGCCAUUCUUAAUAGUAACUAUUACCUAUAAACCAAAUCAGCCAUACAUUUUAAGUGGAAUAAAGUGAUUUGCCGCAUAACUUGUCAAUCGAAUGAUACACAUAUUUAAAAUGUAUUCUUCUAUGGAUGGAUAUUAAACCAGCAAAAGCUGCUGUUUGUCUUCAAGUCUAAUACACCAACCUCUUAAAAAAGCGUUUCAAAUGCUGGUUUUGCUGAAUGAUGGAAUCUCAGUCUUAAUAGACCACACGUACCAGAAUAUGCACAGUCUCUUCUGCCAGGUAGAUGGUUUUUUGUUUGUUAAGCCUUAUGUCCUGUGAGACCUCUGGUCUUUUCAACUUUUGACCUAUCAUUAUAUCCCUCUAGUCAAUCUCCAAGGUUCAAAUCUGGAGGACUGUAGAACCCAAUCCUUAUUGUGUCACCAUUUAGAAAUCCCACUACUCCCUGGCUUGUCUCUAUUUUGGCGAGUUAUCCCAUCAUUCCUGAGACUUGUUAACUAUCCAUUGUUUUGUGUUGCUCUGACAACUGCUCUCUGAUGUCGCAAUAGGGUUUUGAAUUCAUUUAAAUCCUUUGGAACUCUUUCUCAGCUAGCAGAUCAGCCUCUGAGCUGUUUCCCAAAGAACAGGUACUAGUAACACAACGAUAAAGGAAACAAGACAGUCAGGUAUAGCAAGAGAUAUUCUGUAAUAUAAGUUACAGUUUGAUAUAUGACUUAAAUAUAAUCAUUCUUCCACUUCUGGACGAGGUUUCCUUUAACACCUUUCAUGAUGUUGGGCCACUUGUAUCCAAUGUGGACACACCCUUAUAUCGUCCGUCAAUCUAUUAGAGGAGUCGCUCCCUACUUUUAUAAACCAUCAUUCACUUGGUCUAUUUCCUCACAUCCAUUUGUUUCAGACAGGUGACCGGCCUAAUUCCACUUUAAAAGUGCAACUAGAUCCUUUCAUCUUACACUGUAUAACAGCUAAUAAGUAGUUCUUUGGGGAAAGAAUAUGUAAUUCGGUUUCGUUAUCUGUGGCUUUUUCUAAUAAACUCUUAAAUUGUUUGAGCUAUUAACAGACCGAGUAUAGUUUUGACUGUUUUUCUAUAUUUGUCCAUCAAUUCUGUCAGGUUAAGGCGAUUGACCUAUAAUGAAUAGUCCUGUAAGACUUUUUCAAAGAUUGUUUUUCUACACACUUGAUUAUAUAAUUUUUACUAAGAACUGUGUGUUUUCCAGUAUUUACUUCUAAGUGUUUUAUUAACAGCGAUUCUUCUUCUAUUAGUUUUACAGUCCAGAAUGAGAUUUAGUAAUUAUUUAUUUCCAUUUUAUACUAUAUUUUGUUUUCCUUUACCAUUCUUCACUUUUAUUAUCAUUACUAUUCAUAAUAUAAAUUUCUUCCAUUGUCCAGCCGUUUUGUACUGUUUACUGAAUUUUGACAUAAGCGCUACACAGAUUAUUUGACACUACACACUGAAUUCUUUCUAAAUUCAUCACAAAUGUCAAUCAGAACAUAUAUUUUAUAUAUAUUUGUAUAUUUUUUAGUACCAAUAUACAUCAUAUUUUUUUUAUCAAUCAGUGAAAUGAAAACAUUGAGCAACAGUUCAUUCUUAAUCUAAACUAAAAAUAUAAAGCACAGUUUCACUGUCAAUUGACAAUUCUCCAAUAUCAAUACUCUUAAAGCGAAUUAUGGAAGGUUGGCACUCAAAUUCUGAAACACCUCGUAUAAGAAAAAUCGAAAUGUUUUUCUUGGCUAGGCGUUUGUAAUAAUGUUGUUUCCUAAAUUUCAAAGAAUUCUAGAAAAGUUGACUAUUGUUUAUGUAAAAUUUUGGAAAUGUCACAGUUUAUUAUGUUUAAAUAUUUUGUUUUCUAAAAUUAUCAUAUGUACAUAAGAACUAUGUACGCUAAUGUGCAUGUUUUUAAUUUGUUGAUUUUUAUUUUAUAUCUUGGAAAUUAUUAAAUUAAAUGAAUAAUGAGGAGUGAG